AUGGGCCUAUCAACCUCCCCUUUCGCCAAGUACUGGAAGGCGAUCAAGGAGUCGCCUCCAGGAAUUUACAACCGCAAAUUAAUGUUCACCGUCUUUGUGUAUGCGCUUUCAGGCAGUUCAAGAGGCUGGGAUGAAGGCUCAACCUCCGCCAUCACCCAAUUGAAAAGUUUUCAGAAACAGUUCAAUGUCUCUCCCGACAAAGACGACGAAAUCAUCUCCAAUAUCGUCUCGCUGGUCAAUCUGACUGCCGGUGUUGGCGCUCUUCUCUCCUUCCUCCUCAACGAUCGAAUCGGCCGCAGGUGGUCUCUACGGCUAUACCUGGCCAUUGUGGCAGUUGGCUCCCUCAUUUCUACCCUAUCCUACGGGUCUAUCUCUGCCUUAUAUGUUGGACGUCUUGUCUCUGGCUUGGGUAUCGGUGCGCUCACCGUCACCGGUCCCAUGUCGAUCGUCGAAAUCUCGCCACGACUGACGCGAGGCCUGAUGACUCUCUGGUUCAACAUCGCCAUGCUGAGCAGUCAGAUGAUUGGAAUAUUCGUUGUUUAUGGCUGCAAUAGAAACAUUUCCCCGACGCUAAACCUUCAGUGGCAGACACCCUUCUUCGUGCAAACUUUCAUCCCCUUCAUUGCCACCUUCCUAUCCUUCUUCAUUGAUGAAUCGCCCCGCUGGCUUUGCAUGAAGGGCCGUGUCGAGGAAGGUUUGGAAUCCUUGACCAACAUCCGUGGCUGCGCUCGCGAUGAACCCCAUCUCGUUGCCGAGUUCGACAGCAUCAAUGAGCCUAUUCAGCUCGAGCUAGCUGAGUAUGGAAAAGAUACCUUAGCCUCAACUAUUCGUGAGACCUUUGGCAAGAGGUCCAAUCUUCGCCGUGUGCAACUAACCAUCGUUGCAUACAUUCUUGCCCAGAUGUCCGGCGCCAACUCAAUCACCAAUUAUCUCCCACAAAUCUUCGGCUAUAUCGGUGUCACUGGAUGUGGGUUGACAGGGAUUCGAUACAGCUGUAUGAUAUAG